CUUUUACCCUUUUCCAAAAUGAAAAAGAAGGAGAGGUGCAAGGAAGCUAAACCCAAGUUACUUAGAUAAUAUGGGUUUUUAGUCGGAAAUUUAAAUCAAUCAAUCCCAUCCCCAGCAGAUUCCAUUCCUUAUUAAGUAGGGAGUAUUAUUAUGUGAAAAUUACAAACAAUUUACUGUAUCUCUAAACUUGUCCCAAUUCGACAGACGGCAUAAUCUUUAUCAAUCCCUUCACCGCUAUCCACUGCUGCUGCAUUCCCUCUGGUUUGUUUGUCUUUUUUCCUUCAAUUCUAGGGUUGAUUUUUUGAUACUUUAUGCGCUAAUUCUUUCUUCCCUUAAUUCCAAACUUGCUGAGCCCUAGCAAUUGAAUUACUCUCGCAUGCCUCUUCUGAUUUCUUUGUUUUUCCACUUUUCCCUCUUAUUACGUCCUUCUUUAAAUAUAACUAAUGCAAUCUUUUCUUUGAUGCUAACUCCAAACUUUUCUAACACUAGAAGAUCCAAUCUUUUCUUUACUCCUAAGCCACCAUACCACAGCUCUUCUUUUUGAAAUUCCGAAUGGUAGGAUUGGGAUGCCUGGUGGUUAAUUCCAAUUUUUAGAAUGGAUACAAUUGGACAUUAAAUGAGUGUGCUCUUCUCUUAAAGGUCUGCUUGCGGCUUACUAGUUGAUGAAUACUGUGUCCUCAACUAUGGGAAGCACAUUUAAUACACAAAUUUUGGUGGAUAAGCUGGCAAAGCUCAAUAGUUCACAGCAAAGCAUUGAAACUUUAUCACAUUGGUGUAUUUUCCACAUGAACAAAGCGAAACAAGUUGUGGAAACUUGGGCCCAACAAUUCCAUUGCUCACCAUGUGAGCAGAGAUUGGCAUUUCUUUACCUUGCAAAUGACAUUCUGCAAAAUAGUAGGAGAAAGGGCUCAGAAUUUGUUGGUGAAUUUUGGAAGGUUCUUCCAGAUGCUCUUCGCGAUGUUAUUGAAAAUGGAAAUGAGUUUGGAAGAAACGCUGCAUUGCGACUGAUCAGUAUUUGGGAGGAGAGAAAAGUCUUUGGUUCUCGAGGGCAGAUUCUGAAGGAAGAGUUUGCUGGAAAGCAUGUUGGGAAUGGAAAACAUAGUGGAGGCAAAGUGAGAAACUCUACUGGGGAUGCCCUUGACAAAAUUGUUUCAAGCUAUCAGAUAUUGCAUGGUGGUCAAAUUGAUGAAGAUGCGAUGUUGGUCAGAUGUAAAAAUGCCAUUAGCUCUGUGGAAAAAAUAGAUAAGGAGAUUGGGAGUGAUUUAAAUCCAGGCCAUCUUAAUGGAUCUGGUAUAGCGGAUGAGCUCAAGGGGCAGCACUCAAUAUUGAAGGACUGUGUUGAGCAGCUAACAACUGUUGAAACAUCCAGGGCAAACCUCAUCUCUCAUCUCAGAGAGGUCCUCCAGGAGCAGGAACAUAAGCUGGAUCAAGUACGCAAUCAGAUUCAGGCUGCUCAGUCCCACGCAGACCAGGUAGGCAGUAUUUGCAGACAGUUGCUGAAUUUUGAUGGCAAUGGGCAAAUCUUGGCUGACCAGAAUCGAAAGGAUGCUAGCACCUCCCAAGCUCCACACGCAUUCAUAUCUGGAAAUCGCGAACAAUCUGCUCCAGUGAUGUACACUCGACAGGUAUCUUAUGAAAAAUCUGGCAACCUGGACGAAGAUAUGAAAUCUGCAGCUGCUGCAGUGGCGGCAAAGCUCACUGCAUCAACAUCUUCAGCCCAGAUGCUGACUUAUGUCCUCUCAUCCUUGGCGUCUGAGGGUGUCAUAGGCAAUUCAACUAAAGAAUCUUCCCACGAUAAUCAACCGGAGAAAAGGAUGAAGCUUGAAAAUGACUGCUCUUCUUAUGUUCCUCAGAAUCCUCAAGAACCCCUCUCAUUUUUCCCUCAGCCAAACUCAGUACAGCACAAUCUUCCAAGCACUGCUCGAGAAUCAACUCCAACUGAACCGCCUCCUCUACCAUCAUCUCCUCCACCCUUGCCACCCUUGCCUCCUAUGCAGCCAUAUCCAGUACCGCAGUUCAUUCAGACAUCUGGGCAGUUGCCUAGUUCAGCAUAUGUUUUCGCAACACCCCAGCAACCUUCAAUGUUGCCUGGUUUCCCCCAAGUUGCCCCUCCAGUCAAUGGAGUUUCUCCUUUUACAUCUCCCGGGACUAUUGCUUAUCAAGGGUAUUCAACUGAGGGUAGUUUAUAUAGCCAGUCUUCAUCCCUGCCGAUGGCACCUGUUACCCGUCAGUAGGAUUGACAGUUGGUGGUGGUGUCUAGAAUGGUUGGAUUGGUUUUUUAAGCUAUACAAUCACACUUAGCUUCUGUCACUUAGCUUUAGGGUUAUUGACAGUUUUUAUUUAAUUUGUCAACUAGUCUCUGAUGUACAAGAUUAGGCUCUUCCCAUUGUAACUAUGUAACUUAUCGUUUCAUUUUGUUUCUAGACUAGAUUGGAGGUUGGUGGUGUUGAUAUAUUACUGACCUAGUAUUGCACUGGAAAGAAGUGUACUUCGAGUAUUUCUGUAUCGUCAACUCAACCGCGUUUGGUCUUAGAGAGUUGGUCAUUUGAUGUCAGAAUACUUGAUAGUUAACAUAUUGUAAGCCAAAAAAGAGAAUGUUCAACUGCUAUUUGCUAAUGCUCAUGGAAA